AUGGCCGCGGGCGGCUCGGGCAGCGGCAGCGGCGGGGGCAGCGCGGAGGAGAAGAGCUACCGCCGCUUCCUCGAGCUGUUCUUGGGCGAGUUCCGCGGGCCCUUCGGGGCAGAGCCGGCGCCGGCUCCCCCCCCCGCUGCCGACGCCGCGGCCGCCGCUGACGAGGACCCCGGGGCAGAGGGAGAAGCGGGAACGGCCGCCGAGGCCGAGGAGGGCGAGGGCGACGGCGGCGACCCUCAGCCGCCCGCCCCGCCGCCGCCUCCCCCGCCGUUGCCCCCGCUGCCCCGGCCGCUCUCGGAGUACAUCACGGAGGAGGAGGUGGAGGGCGAGUGCCUGGACCUCUGCCUGCAGCAGCUCUACAAGUAUAAUUGCCCUUCAUUUUUGGCUGCUGCUUUAGCUAGAGCAACUUCAGAUGAAGUCCUUCAGAGUGAUCUUUCGGCACACUACUUACCAAAGCAUGUGGACAACGCAGAUGGGAUUAUACAGAUUGAGACCGUGAAGCUAGCCCGCUUAGUUUUUAGCAAACUGCAUGAGAUCUGCAGCAAUUGGGUGAAAGACUUUCCACUUCAGCCAAAGCCCCACCGCUACUACGAGACAUCCAUCCAUGCCAUCAAGAAUAUGCGCAGGAAGAUGGAAGACAAGCACGUCUGCAUCCCAGACUUCAACAUGCUCUUCAACCUUGAGGACCAAGAAGAGCAAGCUUAUUUUGCAGUGUUUGAUGGUCAUGGGGGAGUGGAUGCUGCCAUCUAUGCCUCCAUCCAUCUCCAUGUGAACAUGGUCCAUCAGGAGAUGUUUCAGCAUGACCCGGCAGAGGCGCUGUGCCGAGCUUUCCGGGUGACCGAUGAGCGCUUUGUCCAGAAGGCAGCCAGAGAGAGUCUGCGUUGUGGAACCACUGGGGUGGUGACUUUCAUCCGAGGAAACAUGUUGCAUGUGGCUUGGCUUGGGGACUCCCAGGUUAUGCUCGUGAGGAGAGGCCAAGCUGUGGAACUGAUGAAACCCCACAAACCAGAUCGAGAGGAUGAGAAGAAGCGCAUUGAGGCACUUGGUGGCUGUGUGGUCUGGUUUGGAGCCUGGAGGGUGAAUGGGAGCCUGUCAGUCUCCAGAGCUAUUGGGGAUGCUGAGCACAAGCCAUAUAUCUGUGGGGAUGCAGACUCUGCCUCCACUGUACUAGAUGGCUCUGAAGACUACCUCAUUUUAGCCUGCGAUGGCUUCUAUGACACAGUCAAUCCCGAUGAGGCAGUCAAAGUGGUGGCUGACCAUCUAAAGGAGAACAAUGGCGACAGCAGCAUGGUAGCACAUAAAUUAGUGGCAUCUGCUCGGGAUGCCGGUUCCAGCGACAACAUUACUGUCAUUGUGGUAUUUCUCAGGGACAUGAACGUAGCAGUCAAUGUUAGCGAGGAGUCGGACUGGACAGAGAACUCUUUUCAAGGUGGGCAAGACGACAGCGGGGAAGAUAAGGAAAACCAUGGAGACUGCAAACGACCGUGGCCCCAGCACCAGUGCUCAGCACCUGCAGACCUAGGGUAUGACGGACGAGUGGAUUCCUUCACCGACAGAACUAGCUUAAGCAUAGGGUCCAGCAUUAACCUGUUUGAUGAUCAAGGCUAUUUAGACCUGACAAAACCAGAAACUAGUACACCUCAGAGUGCCAAAUGUCUGCCACCAGUUCAAGCAUUUAGUCCCGGCAUACCAAAGAGUACAAAUUCGAUCACCGGCCUAACAGCGAAGAACGAAUCACCAGAGCGCACCGCACCAUUGAUCUGUGGACAGAGCGAUCCUAGGGAGCACAACGCUCCUCUUAGUUUGGGUGCUGCAGGGCGGAGUAUCUACAGGGUGCAGGGUUUAUCCCCCAUCUUCUCUGGGCUGGAAGAUGAACUGUUCAAAUCCUUGGGAAAACGAGCUGCAUUCUUUCACUUCCGGCUCUGUAACGGGAAAAGGCGACGAGGACCCAGGCUCAAACCAAAGUUUCACACGCCGCUCUUGGCUCGUGAGCCUUUCCAUAUAGAAGGAUCGAGUCUCUCCUUACCCGUCCGGGGCCGCAGCAGCACGAGGUUGUCGGUAAGACACGCCCCGUGGUGGAGGCUGGCUAGUCAUAGUGCUUGGAGUGAGAGCAUGUUUUUGAUGCGAAGACAAAGUAAUUGUAUACCAGAUUCAGACCUUCAUCAAUGCUGUAAAAUGUAACCAUCUCCCUCGUGUUCCCCCAUCAGACUCCCAAAAUAGACAUUCCCAAAAUAAAACUGGCAUCAUCAGAAAGCGAAAAAAGGUGGGCAUUUCCGAACUGUACUCCAGUCCCCCGCAAAGCUCAAACCAUGUGUAAAUAGAUCUAGGAAUUAACAAAUGUAGUUGUUUCAAUCUCAAUAAAGUUUGCUGGUGGUGCCACCCUGAGCAGUGCCACAGCCACCGACCACCCGCACACACGAGUAUCUAGCCACAUUCACCAGGGAAAGCCAAACAGCAGGUUCACGUGAAUAGACGCGGUUAGGGAACAGUCUUGAACAACACAGAAAGCUGAACCUGCCUGAGAUACGUCUGUGGAGCAAUAUGUACAGAAAGAUUCUGGUUUAGAACUGCCAAAUGUUUUCAGAGGGGGGGGGAAGUUUCCGUAGAAGUCAAGGUGUGUGGUUUUUUUUUUCUUGUGUUCUGCUUUCUGUUUAUUUCAGGCGAGCAUUAAGAUGAAUUAGAAAAUUACAUCCACUUUUGCAGGUAAAAGACUAAAAGCCAUACAGGGUUUUACCAGGUAACUUAGGAAUGGACAAACUAAGCUCCUGCUACUCUGUUCUCAGACUCCGAUUGAGGUACAGACUCAUAAUUUACCUAUUUUUUUUUUCAUGUAACAUAAAACGUGGAAUAUGAAGAAAACUGUUUUUUGUAGUUUUUAAAGAAGUUAUUUCCUAUGGCUAGAGGUGCAGUGUAGGGAAUUUCGUAUCUUCCUGGUGCUUUUAGUGGCAUUUUUCUUGUUUGUCAGUUUAGGAGACUGUUCUCAAUUAGUUUUAAUCGAACAUGAGUGUGCUUAAUGCUUUGAGCCAACCUCUUUCCACUGCAACUUCAUCUCAGGUCUUAAAAGAAACCAAUCUGUGGAGAUGUUCGCUACAAUACUACUGUCACUCAACCAGUCAAACCAGAGAACUGCUUGUGAGAGAUAAUGAGCAACUUGAUGAGCUGUUUGGUUUCGGUAAUGAUUUCUAGAUGACAAAGGCAUAAUUUAGGAUCAAGUUGCAGCAUGAAUGAUGGUAGGAUGUGGUGUCAGCAAGGAGCAGUAUUGCUGCAAUCUGGUGUUUUCCAGCAUGUGUAGGGACGGAUGCCGGGCUGCCAGAGCAAUCCAAAGCCAACGGAGAUGCCGUGGAUGCGGAUGAGCAGGGGCUGCGCCUGGGGUUCAGUGGAGAGGGUGAAAUUCAUUGACAAGCCAGAGCUCUGCUUCGAUUAAACCUGGGCCCAGAAAGGAAAGUGAGGAACGUCAGUUGCCCUUAUUUUCAAAAGCAGAGCGUUACUUAUCAAACUCGGAAACAAACAGUACCCACCAGCUCUUCCCUACUCACGAGGCGAUGUUAAAGCCUCAGGGGAGCGGUUAAUUGGGACAUAAGUAAGCAGACGAUUCCCGUCAGCUCCACUAAAUACACAUCCUAUUACUAUUCUUUGUUACAGCAAGACAUUUAGAAGAGUAUGACUAGAGUAAGUCUCCAUAGGUGUUUAUUGUACAAUUCAUAUCAUUUUAGCAGUAACAAUUUAAUAAAAGUAUUAGUAUUUAGCUAGAAUUUGCAAAGUAUUUUAAUAUCAAGUAGUCAGGAGAUUAUUCAACACGACAAGAUGGCAAGGUUUGAAUUCUGCCAAUUUCUGCUUCUUCUGUCUUUGAUGCACUAUUUUAAAAGCAAUCUGAUGAAUAGCAAAAGGCUUUGUGAGUAACCAGGAGUUGGAGUGUGGCUUUAGAUUCCUUUGAUCUUUUUCAGGCUUCUUUUUAAUCUUACGGGAUCAUUGGCUCUUAUCUGUCACCUUAUCAACCUUAGCUGUUGUCAACGUUCUCUUUAGCUGCAGCAUACGUUCUAAGUCCGAUUUACUGAGGAAAUCUGAGAAACCAUGAAACGGUGAAAUAUGCAACUCCAGGGCAUCUCUGCGGUGCCUUUCUUUUAAAUUAUUCACGGUAAUAAUGACGCAUCGGAAGUCCAUCUUAUAGCUGACUGUCGUGCUUCGGAGAGAAAGGUGGUGUAAGUGCAAUCCUUUGCGUGAGUAAAUUGGAAUGAAAAACCGUUAAGGAUGAUAAAACUUCUUCCCAGUCUGCAGGAGCAGUUGAAGAGCGCUGGGCUGCAUGUGUGCUGUUUUGGGAAGGAUCUAGCUUUUUAGGUGUGGAUUCGUAAACGAUCAUUCUGCAACUCAUACCAUUUAUCUUGCUAGGAGAAAAAAAAUCUACCAUCGUAGUUCCAGUGUGGUCAGGUAAAAACAUUGUAUAGAUAGCAAGUGUUCAUUUCUUCACUCAAUACGUAUUUAUAGAGUAGAUAGGAACCAUUUGUAAGGUAAGUCCUUUAAAGUUCUAUAAUAUUAAAAGUAGUGGUUUUUGGUCUGAUAUAUGCUGCUCUUGAUUCUACACAAUAGACAAAAAAGCAGUGCUUUGUGAAAUGCAGUGUUUUCUCUUAAUGCCACUGGUGAUAGGAAGUAGAUCUCUUCAGUUCAAAAUCCUGUGCCCUUAUUUGCUGCUUGCUAACGUAAGCAAUAAUCCCUCUCUAAUGGUAUCUAAGUGUUCUGUAUCUCGUACUUUGAUUGUCUCUCUGGUGACGAUGUAAAAAUAUUAGGCUAAUAUAAAAGCAUCUAACUGUAUUUAUUAACCGUGGAUACUGAGAUUCAGUCUGUGACCUGUGUUUUGUAUUUUUAUUGUGUAUCUUAGUGGUGGUGAAAUUUGUAUAACGAAUCUUUCCAAUAAAGAGCUGAAGUAUCCCUUUUCCGCGUUAACACGACCCGCAUCAGUUUCAGUUUACGUGUUAACCAUCUUGGCAGAACUAGGAGGUAGGUAGGUAGUGAAAACAUUGUUAAUUUUUUUUCCUUUAAAUUGUGUUGAUUUUGAGAAACGGGCUCCAGGCGGUUUGUCUGAAGCUGCUCAAAACUUGCUCAUAAGCUCUUCACUGUGAGUACUGGCGGGAUUUGCUCAAUCCCCACUCCGGUAGUUUCCUGUGUACACUUUUUAAAUGUGCAACUCUGAGGAAUGUCUGCGUUGCAGAGAGCAGUAUAGCACCAGACCAGGGAGCUGUUAACCCAUUUCGAUUUGCACUAAAGGUGGGUGGAAACGUGUGUAUAUAACUUUUCUUUACCUAGAAGUGCCAUCAAUUGUCCUUGCAAGUUAAAACCAUUCAGUAUUUGAUUUAGAUUGCAUCAUAACACUGAAGGACAAUGUCAAAGCAGAC